CCCGUUACCUGCAAUCCCUCUCGCGUAGCUUCUUGGAACCGCCGGCUGUGCAAACCCUAGAAUUGGAGCGGCGAGACCGCGGCACGUUCUUGGGCGCAGGCGGAGGAGAUGACUGGAACGAUGAAGUGGGAGAUAGUGCAUGUUCCUGGUGAGCCAGAGAGCUCUCUCGAAGUGUAUACUGUUGAUGUUUUGGCUUCGAAGAUUGAGCCAAAGCUUGCCAACAAGAUUGUGAGGCAGUUGAAUCAGGUGUGUCCACUCGAGAAUCUCCGUCAUGUGAAACGGGUGCGAAAAAGGACGGUUGAAGGUAAUGCUGAGUUGUCAGUUAUUCUAUGUCUUUCUGAUGAAUAUGAAAAAGAUGCAGAGGCAAUACCAAGAGGUAUUCAUCAGCUUAUCAGUGACUAUAAUUUGUGUCCUUAUAACACAAAAGUUGCCAAGUAUGCUGCUGGAUCAAAAGAAGAAUGGGAGGAACAGUGCAAGCUUUGGCCGACGUCAUAUCAUCCAUCAACCAAGCACUGGUGUCAUAACUUGUGCCCUUUUGUUGGCCUGUUGAAGAGUCUCGAUGGGGUUUCUGGACUGAGUGAAGGGGAAUUGCAGUUGAUAUUCAACUACAUGAAGGUUGUGAUCCAGUUAACAAAGUUGAGUUAUACUGGUGGUAAAGUUCUAAAUGCUGCUAUCAUCGUUGAUCCUAUUAGUAGGCAAGUCAUUGCAAGUGCUAAUGACCAAACGUGUCCAUGGCCCACAACAUACAAGACCAGUGCAAGAUAUAGCUGCAAUGACAGGUGUGGAGUAACCAUUGCAUCCCAUGAUUCCAAUCUGAAUGGAUUACAGAACAGUCUAGAAAUUUCAGUUCAAAAAUUUCAACUUGAUAGAUGCAGUGAUGUAUGUGCUGGAGUUUCUUGCUUAAAUCCUUGGGGAUGGACAACACAAAAACAAAGCAGUCAGAGUUCCUCAAUGAAAAGCGAGAGCAAACGUACAUGGCAUCCUUUAAGGCAUGCUGCUCUUGUUGCUAUUGAAAAUGCCGCAGAAAGAGAUAGGCAACUAUUCCCUGGUCCAGGAUCAUCAGAGUCUCAAUCUACACCAAAUGGCAAUCCACUGUGUGCUGAUAAUUGUCCACCAAAACGUCAAAAGAUACAGCAACAUGUAUGUCAGCUGGAUCUAUUUCGUCAGGAGCACAGCUUGGUCAAGGAAGUUCCAGACAAUAGGGAACCUACUGAAAUAAUGCGGCCUUAUUUGUGCACUGGCUUUGAUAUCUACCUUGUAUGGGAGCCAUGCACCAUGUGUGCCAUGGCACUUGUGCACCAACGAAUCCGUCGCAUUUUCUUUGCCCUUCCAAAUCCAAAUGCCGGUGCUUUGGGCAGUGUCUACAGAUUGCAAGGAGAGAAAAGUUUGAAUCAUCAUUAUUCUGUUUUCAGGAUUUUGAUACCAGAGCAAGACCUUAAUAGGGUAGAAUUAAAUGUAUCUGAUAAUUUCUUAUUACAUGGCUGAAAUCCAAGUGGUCACAGAACUCUCAAAUUGUAUUGCUCUCUAGUCUCUAUUAACCAUUCAAGUGUCAACCUGCAGACAAUUAGUUUUACCAGUUGACUUGUCUUCACUAAGGUCCUCAUAAAGCAUUAUAAUCAAAUUGGGUUUUGUCUCGAGGAGUUAUAGAGACAAUCUUCUUCUCAAUUCUCCAUCAUCUGAGAGUUUCUUGGCUAGACAAUGAUCAUGUUUUCUCUUUCUGGGUGAAGCUUUUCAGGCUUCGUCUAUUGUAUUAUUAGAAGUUAUCUCAGAAGAAGAAUGGUUAUGAAACUUGAAGACUUCACUUGUUCUUCUACACUUCACUCUCCUGCAGGACCACAGGAAAUCUUUGUGCUAAGGUUUGAUACAGUGGAUAACUGCAGUAGGAAAGAUGAAGUGUUACAGGGCUGAAGAUUUUAUACUUUGCAUCACGAAGAUCCAAGACACAUUUCAGAUUGCUGAUUGUUUUGCCAAAACAGCAUGUGGUGAGGAAAGGAAGUCUUAUUUAUCUGAGGGUCAUGUAGGCAUCAAACUUUUGCAUCUUGACUUGGUUAAGAUACAGGUAUAAAAUCACAUCUGUUCCAAUUCACGCAUCUGAUUCACAAUCUACAUCUUGAUGUUAUUUGAAUGAGGCAUUCUACUCUUUAUGUAGCCAGCAUAUGACAUAUGACAAUCCUUUAUCAUUAGUGAGUCCAAAGAGGAAUAGAGUAGAUUCCUCUGGUGCUCUUGCA